AUCCUUGCGGUCGCUCUUUUGUGUGUGUGUUUCUCGUCUUUUUUUUUUUAUUUGUUGGAAAGUGUUUCGUACCCCCGGGCGACCGGGGAGAUGUCCGGAGCGACGACAAAUAAUGCGUGUUUGGGCAUGGGACUGUAAAGGCAGCAGCAAGAGCAAGUGCAUCUUCCCAAUUGUAAGGUAGGGUUGUCGGAUGCUCCCAUUCCGUGGUUCCGUAUUCCCGUUUCCGUUCGUCCGGCAGUAAUCUGCUGACCCCACGCACACACACACACACGGAGAGAGAGAGGGUAAUGUCAGUUCGGGUCAGCUACCACCCCACCAACGAAUCCUUGGAGCAGCAGCAACCCACAGGAUUCUCCAGAGCAGUGGACCAACGGACCGGCCAACUGGAGGAGUGAGGAGUGAAGGAAAAGCACUCUUGCACCAACGGUGAAACGUUGGUGCUGGCCUGCCGGAGAGGGAGAGACGAGCAUCUAUCUGGGGAGCCCUUUCUUUUCCUUUCGUCUCGUCAUCUGGCCUUCAUCGCCCCUUCCCUCCCCCCUCCCCCCCCGCACACACAUACAUACACGCCUAUGCUGAGCUGGGUCGGAGCUUUCACACGGAGCCACGUUCAGAAUUAAAAGAUUAAAUAUUAUUGACCGGCGGUCGCCUAUUGGCCCACCGUGUGUGCGUGCGUGUCUCUGUGCGUCGUUUAUGCGUAGUGGUGCCUCGUGUUAGUGCGAUGUGGCGGUGGGAGUAGUGUGCCCCCCUACUCAUUAGCUACUCGCCGUCAUCAGUGUCUGUCUGUGUAUGUGUGUGAGUGUGUACGUGUGCGCGAAGUGUACGUAUCCGUCCGUCCGUCCGCCCGUCUGUACGUCCGGGUAGCGGUAGCAGCCGAUCCGAUUAGAAACUUCAAUCAACCGAUCAGCCUUUGGUUCGCGAAGCCAUGCAGCUGGCGAUCCGGGCGUUGGGCGGCCAGUAGACAGCAGCGAGCGUGAGAGCAGCUGCGCUGAGCAAGUGCUCGGGAUGUGGCGCCCGGUAGCUUGCGGGUUUAAGGGACACGAUAAGGCAAAGGAGCCCGCAUAAAGGACGCCACACAGGCGGAAGGAUCUAAAGGAGCAGCCAAACCAUUCCACCCCUCAAGUCACCCCGGACGGCCACCAGUCUGCGUUUUUUCUCGCACUCGAAACGGUUGCCUUGGUGCUCUGGUGGUGUAGGUCCUGAUUGCGGUUCCUGGGCUGCCGGCUCGGUAGCCAGCCGCCCCCGGGUGCCAUGUCCGACAGCGAGCUCGAUCGGACGCUUGUGCACCCGGAUCAGGCGCCAACUGCCACUGGCCAGCACGGUUUGGCCGAAACGACGACGACGACGACGACGACGGUGCCAACAAUUGGGUUCAAUCGACCGCAUGCCGUUACCUUCCUUCAGCAACAACAACAGCAGCUCGCGAACCAUCCACCAUCCACCGACUCGUCGGCUGAGCCGCUGCAGCAGGUGCCCAACCAACGGUAUCCGCAAUAUUUUGCGCUGACCAGCGGUGAUGAUCCAACGGUCGGCUCAGACGAGGCACCGUCCUGCCUGCUGUCGUCCGACGACCAACACGGAUGCGGCGGCGGCGGUGGUGGUGGUGGUGGUGGUGGUGGUGGUGGUGGUGGGACGCAGCUGCAGCGACCCCUCCCGGUUGCCUUCGCACGCCACCUGCCCGCAACACACUCCACAAUCAGCCGGGACAAUCAGCCAAAGCGCAUCAGCACCUCCCUGCCGCUCUACUACGCUAAGAGUGACCUGUGCACCCUUGGUUCGCGACCUGGUAUGGAGUAUGUGCCAUUGAGGACGCCAGCUACCGAGCCGUAUCACUAUCAUCACGUCACCGACCAAACCAAGUCACUACAGGAAUUGCAGAAUGAAGUCGGUGCUCUGCUGGAGUUCCGCGAUCUGGUUAUCGAAACCUUUCCCGACCUUAAAUCGAAGAUGGCAUCGUCAACGACGAACAGCACCCUCACCGGCCUACCCUCAUCUUCGUCCCUAGCGGCCCGACGCGAGUGGGAACCCGGUAUCCGGAUACGGCGAAAACUGACACAGAAGGAUGGUGCCGGCGGCGGUGGUGGGGCACUCAGCAGUGGCUGCAGCAUCGGUGCCCUUGGUAGCGGUGGUGGUGGUGGUGUUGGGCUUAGCAAUGUCGCCGGCACGAUCACCGCGGCCAACAGCAGCAGCGGUAGCAGCGGUAGCAGCACCACCAUCAUCCCUGGUAGCGGAGGUGGUUGUGUUGGUGGUUCGGGGACUACCAUGGCACUCGCAGGGCACCAAGGUGCAUCCGCCCCGGCCGCUGCUGGCAGCAGCAACAACAGCAACCACAACAACAACAACACCACCUCUUCCUCCUGCUCAUCCGAUCUGAACCACCUGCAGCAGCAACAACAGCAACACUCGCAUCAGCAUCAUCCACCACACCAUCACCAUUACCAUCAUCAUUCGCACAGCGGUGGCGUUGGCGGGACCGGUGCGGUCGCGGGUACUGGUGCUGGUGCUGGUGUCAGCAACAGCAGCAGCACCAGCAGCAGUGGCGGCAGUAACAGCAACAACAAUAGCAGUGGUCACCACCACCAUCAUGCGCAGCAUCAGCCGGCGCAACCGGUGCAACACCAUUCGUCAUCUUCGCUGAUACGCAGCCGAAGCAACUCCCAUAGCGGUAAGAAGGAACCAAAGAGCGGCGAAGGCAACAACGGUAGUGUGAUACAGGACUCGGGCUUCUCCACCGAAACGUCCUCGUCGAAGGAGACGCACAGUGCGGCGUCGUCCACUAGUGGUGCUGUGCUGCAGGGAACGAGCUCGUCGACCAGCGCCAACAACCGGCUAGCGCCGGGUCAGGAGAACGAACUGUGGAAUUUGCUCGAUGUGAUACAUAGGAAAAGUAACCGGUUGCGCGAGGAACUAGACGCGCUGCCACUGCUGCAGCGGGGCGGGAAGCUUAGGGGAUCCAAUUUAACUUUUAGCAAUCAAUCGGCAGCCGCCGGGGUGGCAUCGACGGUGCCAGCAGCAGCAGCAGCAGCAGCAGCAGUGGCUACUAGCAGCGGUGGUACGUCGUCCGCAGCCGCGGCGUUGGAACCGCUAACGAUACCGGAACACCCGCACCAGUCAUCGCACAGCGGCAGCAAUAUCGUCAUCCAUCAUAGCAAUCCUGCUGCCGUGGUCGCUUUGGGCGGUAGUGCGACCAGUGGGGCCAAUGUGACCGUACUGGCGACCGGCAGUGCUACCGAUGGCGGCCAGCACGGCAAAACAGCUCCGCCCCCGCACUAUGCAGCGGAGACCAGCCAAGCGGUGGCGAUGGCAGCGGCCAAGGAUCACAUUGUACAAAUUUUGCGCCAGGAGCGCGACCGACUGCUGGACAAGCUGUCCAGCUACGAGGCGGAAACGGUAGCCGGGCGCAUCCGUGCGGCAAAGAUGCAGGACGAGGUCGAAACGCUGACGCUGACCGUACGCAAGCUGCACGAACAGCUGAAAGCGGCCCAAAACCAGCAGCUAGAGCUAAACACGAAACUCCAUGAUCUCCACCAGCAACCUGUAAAUAAAAGUGCAUCUAGUUCAUCCGAUACAGCAGUGCAGCAGGGAAGCAGCUCAGGUACGGCGCAGCAAACGGCAUUUGCCAAAGCGCCCCGCUACCAUGCAACAGUGCUGGGUCCAGCAGAAAGCAGUAGCAGCGGCAACGUUAGCACCAGCACCGUGAUCAUAUCCGCGGCGACAGCUAGCUCGGGCGCAUUGGACGAUACGACGUGCGCCGUUACCGGCCAGGGUACCGGUGCCGGGGAGGCUAACGCUGGCCGCUCCUUCGAUGCCAGUGCCCUCGGGCGACUGGAUGCUUUGCUCGGUACACCGUCCGCCAAUCGGUUGCAAAAGGUUCGAUCGCUCGAUUCACAGAAAAUUGCAGCCAUUCUCCUUGAGACGAACAUUGUCGAGCUGCAGCGUCAUCUGUUAACGGUCACCGUACAAAAUCAGGUUCUUCAGCAGCGGCUAGAGCAGGCGACACGAUCUAAGAUUUUUCUUAGUGAAAAGUUGGAAAAAUCGAAAGAAGACGUCGAUGAUCUGCGGUUUCAGCUGAAGGAGAAAACUAUCGAACUAGAGGGCACGAGGGCACAGCUGAGGGUGAUUGAGUCGAAGGCAUCGAGUAAAUCGUCUCCAGCGUCAGCGACCAGCAGCCCGGAUCACCAUCACCAACGACUGAUGCGGAUGUCUUCACCGACAAUGAUGCUUCCCCAACAGCAACAGCAACAGCAGCAGCAUCAGCAAUCGACAACGCUGAUGCACCUUACCCAUACCCCGUCGGGAGCACUGGUCGGAUCAAACUGUCAACUGGUGAUGCGUUUGGCAUCCUCGCAGGUUUCGACACCGUCUAUGAAAGCAAUGACACCGGUCGUAAUGGAUGAUAUUGCACAGCAGCAGCAGCACAGUAGCAGCACUGAAUCGGCACAGGAUCAGGCGGAACGGGACAGUACCAGUAGCGGUACUGGAGGGCGGAUGCAGCCACAGCAGCAGCAGCAGCAGCAGCAGCAGCAGUAUCACCAUCAUCAUAAUCAUCAGCACCACCAUCAGCAACAGCAGCUUCAAUGUCCAGAUACACCACGCCGGCGUCCGUCCAAGAUUCCGUUACCGGGCAUGAAAGGUUCGGUGGCACCAAAACCACCGAGCGGUCGUAACUUUGCUGCCGCCGGUCCAACCACGCCGACAACACCGACCGGUGUUUCGACAUCGGCCAGCCACCGUCCGCUAGCGCUAUCAUCGGGACCUCCGUCCAACCGUAGUCUGGCGAAGAGCACCGGCAGCUUGUACAUUAAAUCGAGUGAUGUCGGUCCAUUUGGGGCAACGCAACAGCAGCAGCAUCAGCAGCAACAACAGCAGCAGCACCAACCGCAACCGAUGAAUAACAAACCACGCGACAGUAAUAGCAGUGGCAGCAGCGGAAGUCUCUAUAGGCCGGAUUCAGCGCAAAGCUGGCGCACGAGCAAGGAUACGCCCUCGCUGGAGAAAUCGCGUUCCUCCUCGAUACCGAUAUCAUCGGGCAAAGGAGGACAGCAAUCGCCAGCUACAACCGCGCACGCAGCCAUACCCUUGCCCCGGACGCCCACGGCAGCCUCACCCUCAAUGAUACCGUCGGGGCCAAUCGGGGGCGGUGGUGGCUUCGGGAUCGGAUCAACGAUUAGCUCUUCUCCUCAGCCACGCAGCAAGCGUGAUUCUCUCACAACGAAAGUGAAGAACUGUGAUUCUCUGUCCCGGCUUCAGUCGGCGCAGAUGGCCGGCAGUGUUAACAAAACAACCGGCACCAAGAAUAGUGCCACCGGUAGUGGAACGGCCGCCGGAUCCGGCUAUCAAGCGCCGCCUCCACCGGUGCGCGAGCGAAAGCAGAGUGCCGGGGUAGGACUCAGGCACGCUUCCAGCUCCUCAAUUGGUUCCGCAACUGACGGUGGUACGGCUAUAGGCAGUGGAAACGGUACAGGUAACACUAGUGCCUCCACAACCACCACCACUACAACCACCAUCGCCGCAGCCAGCUCCAGCUCUACCUCGACUAGCGACACCAUAAAGCUGGCACAGCAGCCCCACCGUAGCAACACCUUCAAGUUAGCGAAACCAACGCUCGCCGCAUCGGUAUUCAGCGAAUCGUCUGAAUGUCGCUACGUGCUACCAGAGAUCGGCGGAUUAUCGGAUGGACCACAAUGGAGAGAUUCCAUUGGACUUCCUGAUACAGCGGUCGCCAUCCCACUCCCUGCACCGACAACGAUCGAAGCUAUCGGCGAAGCAGAGGGAACGUCACGCGAUUACGGAAUGCGGGUACAGAUGCCCGCUUACGCCAGCUCUCCGGCUGCUCGAGGUCUAAUCGAAGAAUAUCUGGCGGCAAAGACGCGUGCGGCCAAUUGUCAACAGCAAUCGUCGCCCUUGAUUCCACCACCACCUCCACCUAUUUUUCACGUGAUCCGUGCCAACACAUCACCUACCAGCGGGGUACGGGGAGUUACGGUAUCACCCCAGCUAGUCCAACGACGCCGUACGCCGCUCGAUGAACUAGCAUAUAAACAUCCGAUUUUACUACUGGAUGUCGACGAUGAUGAGAACGAGCCAGUGGAUGUGGAGCUAGGGCAGCAAGACGAAAACAAGGAGAACACUGACAUACGUUUGCCACAGCAAAUCGAAGAGCAGUACGAAGAAGCAGGGGAGCAAAGUAGUGUUUCAGUUUACCGACUCAAUGAUAGGCAGCAAAGUGUCGAAGUAGGUAGGGUUGUGAACCGAUCGCUAGAUGAUGACCAUGAUGUUGGCGAAACGAAUCCGGUUCAGGAAUCGCUCAUCGUUCCACGGCCCAAGGUGAUCGCUUUUCAUUCGCUAAAGUCACUAACCGAUGAUCAACCCGAGGAGCCUUCCACUUCGUUAAACGAUGAUCAGCACGCACAACAGCAGUUGCUGCAUCAUUCAAACACAGAGCAACGCGCUCCACCAAGGUGUCGUUUGGUGCGUAAAGUGAACCAGAACAUACUGAAAACCUGGGAACAGUUGAGCGGCCAAGCAAAUGGUAGUAGUGACGGUAGUAUAGAAAAGAACAGCCAACAAAAGUCCACGGCUGUGACUGGUGAUAGCAAGCGACUACGGGUCGGUGGUGAACUGGUUCCGCCAGCCUCGACGAGAAAGCAAUGCUUCUUUGGACAAGAAUUCGCGUUGUUUGGCAGACCUGACCAAACCGCGGCUAGCCAUAGCAGCAGUACGGGUAAUCUACUUAGCGAUGGACAUGGGUCGGAAUGCGGCAGUACGGAUCGGCAGAGCUGUUUGCUAUACUGUCCCCAACAGCAGCAGUACAAUCUGAGCGAGGAGGUGAUUGAAUUUAAGGUGAAUAGACUGCUGCAUCCGGCUGAAUCGAUAGCCGCGUCUUCAGCAGUGGACGAGCUGGAAAAGUCGUCGGAAAAUUCGUCUAGCUGUGGCACCUCUACUACCGCCGCUAGGUCCCGAACAAGGACACACAGGAUCGCGCCAUCAAUGGCAAGGCACAGGCAAACAAACGGUUCUAGGGAGCGGUAUGGAGUUGACGGUGGUAGCUCAAGCAUCACCACUGUCGGGACCGCCAACACCAUCACCACUGCAACCAGCUCUUCUGAGGGAGCAGACUUCUAUGAUAGCAUCGAUGCAGUGAGCAGCAGCAUUCGGGAAGACACAGGUGUUCGCGUUAAAGUUGCACCGAUUUGCUAUGGAUGUUCCGAAACUGUCGUGCCGUGGAAAGCCUGUGAAGAUCGUUUCUCGCACGGUGUUUCUAAAGUUAGCGCCGGUACUGGCGAUGAUCUGACUUCCCUCGAUCGCAAACGAUUACUUUGGUCAAUCGAAAUAGAUUAGGAAUGUGUUCGGGCACCGCCGAUGGAUGUGGUGAACCAAGGUAACGGUUUUACUAUACAGAUGUUCCACUUAUUUUCCCGUUCUGUCGCGGAUGAUAAUGUUUCAGUAUUUACUACUUAAGAACCAGGUUUUCAUUGCCGGGGUAAGAGUCACGACCGCACU